CAGGAAGUGGCUGAGGAGCUGAAAAGAAGAGGCCACAGAGUCAACUGGCCUGUUACAGUGCCUCUCCAGAGCCGCUCCAGCUCCUCCGCCGUCUCCCUCUGCGCGUUGUGAUUUUGGUGUUUUUGUUUUUCGAUGUGCUGCUCGGUGGGUUUUGCCCGGUCUUUGGGCCUGGCUCUGCUGCCGCUGGCACUCUGCAGCAUUUUGGCCAACCUGCUGCUGCUGUUUCCAAUGGGAGAAAUCACCUACAUCCAGCAGGACCGACUCGCCAGCUACAUCUGGUACUUUGGUGGACUGGGAGGCGGAGGGCUGCUGAUGCUGAUUCCAGCUGUGGCCUUCAUCACUCUAGGGAAAUGCAGCUGCUGCUGGAAUGAAAGCUUAAUGAUGUGCGGCUCGGUUCUGGCGGCCAUCGUCGGCCUCCUGGGCUCUGGUUACUGCUUCGUCAUUUCAGGCCUGGCUUUGGUUCAGGGCCCCCACUGCUUCACCUCCUAUGGGUGGUCGUACCCCUUCGCAGACCAGCGCGGCAGGUAUCUGUUGCAGCCUGAAAUCUGGCCGCGGUGCCUCCAGCCCAUCAACAUCGUAGAAUGGAACGUCACUCUGCUGUGCGUGUUACUGGGCCUCGCAGUGCUGGAGUUCAUUAUCUGCCUUUUACAGCUUGGAAACGGUUUAGUGAACGCCAUCUGUCGGCCCUGCUGCUACAAGCAGGAAUACAGUCUCAACGCUUAGAGAGGCACAUCUGCAUGGACGCUGGGCGUAUCACAGAAACAACAGUACAUUACAGCAACAACUGUGAUAUAGACACAAGUAAGCAGUUUCAUGCUGAUGGGCUAAAGCAGGGAUGUCAAACUCAUUUUCAUUUUGGGCCUUAUCAAGAUCAUGAAUGUUCUCAAAGACCCGGAUGUACCAGAAUGCAUUCAUAAAACCCAUUAACAAACUGUUAAAAUUUUAAUAAAUUGCUGUGUCUACAUAUGUGCUUCUUAAAAUUAAAUAAUAAAGAACAACGGCGUAUUAGGGCCAUUGUACUGUAGAUAGAGAAGAAAAGUGUCAAUUUCCACCCAAAGACUCAGAAAUUUUGAGAUUAAGCUCAGAAAUUUUCAAGAAAAUCUUUGAAAUCCAUGAACUUGAAAAAUGUAAAAUUUGUGUAAAAAAAUCGGAAAUUUGGAGAUUAAAAUUUUCUAGAAUAGGACAUUUUUGAGUGUCAAAAGUCAAAGAUUUUCCACUUUUGAAACUCAGAAAAUUUCAAGCAUUUCUUCUAGAAAAUUUCUGAAAUCCACCUCUAAAGUUCUGAGUUUUAUGUUCAACUUUUCAAAACCAUAAAUUUCCAAGUUUUUGCACAAAAAUUUCUGAGAUUAAUCUCAGAACUUUUCUUUUCAAACUUAGAAAUUCCAGGUAUUUUCUAGGUAAUUUCUGAGGUUAAUCUCAAUAUGAAAUUUAUUUGCUGGGCAUUUUCUCCAGUUUUUGGUAUCUACAGUGGCUCUCAUACGCCGUUGUAGCCACUGCAGGAUUUUGCAAUUUUUUUUUGCAAUCAACAUAACUGAUUUUGCGGCGCUAACUUAGAAAUACUUGCAAAACUUUUUGUGAUAUUUGUAAAUGAUAUAUGCAAAUGUGACUUUUUGUUACUUGUCUCAUCGAUCAUGAGCUAUAAUAACGCUGAGGCAGCAAUGAAAUAGAAGUAAGAAACACUGCCACUUAAAGAUUGAAGUUUGUCACUUAAACCCACAUAAAUCCAAUGUCUUAGAUCGUUUUUAUGGAAAAUUCUAAAUAAAUUCAGUUGUGUAACCCUUCUAUAUUCGUCUCAGGUAAAGUAGAUUGACUUUAUAACAGAAACACUCAGGUUCUCUGUAUUUAUUCUAACAAUAGAGCUUCUGCCCUCAACAUUAAAGAAAGUACAAUAAAUUACCCUAAACAGACUACAAAGCAAUGAUUCCCAAAGAGCAGCUCACAGCAGUUAACAAUUGUAAAAUUAAACAAAGCUAAAAGGAAAUAAACAGUAAAAAACAGAAAAAACAUGACAAAAUUACACAUGAAAUACUGUAUAUAAUUCAAUUUGUCUAAAAUAUGUUAAGAGAUUAAUACUUCUAAAGAAAAUAGAGCUGAUCCUAAUACAUACUACAGUUACCGACGGCAACAGAAAAGGGGGAGGAGCUGUCACUUACUGGUUGCUGCGGUAACUGCCAACCGCUUAUGCAAAAGCAACAUACCAGAACUUAAAUACACCAAGAAAUGUCACAAGAAACAACUUGUUGACUAAGCAUAAUAAAUUUGAAGAAUAAAUUAAUUUUGACAAACUUAACAUCUAUAGAAAGGCUAAAAUAAAAUCUUAGUGAGGAAAACAUUCUGGGAUUUGUUGAUUUUGCGUUGAUUUCUGUAAUUGUGGAAUCGUGAAGAACUGUACGGACUGAUUGAUGUAAUUUGGCAGUAUACAGAAAAAAACUGCUUUGAUUUGACCAAUAGAAUAAUAUUUAAAAACAUAGCUGUUACCUUGGAGGUAUUAUUUAUUUGCCCCUGUGAGAGGCCACAUGAUUAGCUACAGUGGGCUGGAUUUAGCCCCCGCGCCUCGAGUUUGACACGUCGAUGAGUUUCAUGAUAGCGUGGAGUGACUUUGUUGUUGUCUUUAAAAUUAUUCGCCUCUAUCUUACAAAAUAAAGUCGGAUGUUUUCUUAAAGUAGUGUGUAAAUCAGACCCACACUGAAUAAAUGAAAGUACCUACAAGUGUCCUUUCAUCAAGUUUUUAGGUAUCUUGUGUGUUUUUUACCUGUUGCUGUAAAUUGCUACCUUGAUAUCUGUCAGUUGGUAGUUCAUUAUUGAAUGACAUUUUAUAUCCAUUUUAGUUUUUUUUAUAUAAUGUGCUGUUUAUUUGUGCUGCCUUGAGUAAAUAAAUAAUUUCAAUUUUAUUCA